UAUAAUAGGAAUAGAUAAAGGAAAGCCAGUAUUAGCCUGAUGUAGGUCUUACUGCUUUAAUGAAGUCACGCACAGCAUCAAACACAUCCCCGUGGCCGAAACCUCGUGCCGAGGCCUCACAGGAGAGUAUAAUACCCUGCAGCACUCUGCCACUAGCAUUUCUCCUUCUUUUUUCAUCGUCGAAGGUUUCUCCCGCUACAGACAAUGGCCUGGUAAGACUACACUGACGUCCGUUUCCGCCUUGCCCGAAGGAACUCGCUGGCGCAAACGGAGACCGGCCAGCUUCGUAAUGCCGCAGCAGUUCACAUUGCAUGCAAAGCACGGGGUACAGAUGUUAUCUGCAUGCACGACGUGAUAGAAAUCCGUACGGUUGUUUUCCAGAUGGGCUCCCGGACAGUCGCAGUACUGGUCAUUCUGCUUCUUUUCGAACAUGGAAAAUGCGACCUCUGCGACAUCUGUCGGCGAAAGCGAGACAGCGCGGUCCGGAUGCCGUACAACCAGCGCUGGCACUUCGACGCCGCGUCGUUUCUCUGCCAACCGUUCAACUUCUGCGACGACGAGAUCACGGAACGCAUGAAGGGCCGCAAGUCAAAGGCUGAAAUCAAUUGCGGAGGCGUGGACUGUUUCGAGUGGCUGUACGAGUCGCUGAAGAAGAGGCAGGCGCAGGAAAGCGACCUGCCCAAGACUAUGCUCAGCCACCACCAGUACCACGCGCGCCACGAGACAACAGCGCCUCCGUCGGCGCCCAAGCAGCCCGUCUUCACUGUGGCCACCAGACAGAGCGAGGCGACGACCACCCAGCCGACCUCCACUGUCACGGUCAGGACCAUAGUCAAGCAACCUGCCACGUCGCAGGACGAGGCGCUGAACGAACCCGAAGCCCCUUACGAGUUUGGCUUGUCCAAGCCCGAGGCAAUCCAUGUCCCUCUGGUGCCAAAGCAUAGCUCACACCGCAAGCCCGAGCUGUGCACGCUGAAACCCGACCGUGGCCGUCGCUGGCCGUGCUCCCAGCGCUGGUACUACAACAUGGAGGAGAACACCUGCAGCACGUUCACCUUCUGCGGCCAAAAAGGAAACAGGAACAACUUCCUGACGAACGAGACCUGCUACGAGGAAUGCCAUGAUGGUAGUCAUCGCACGCAGGUGGCAAGAUAGACGCCAUCUCCGAGCAGCGCUGGGCUCGCAAGUGUUGAGGAUUCGACACAAGGCGGAAGCUGCAUUGUGUAUAAGAGCUAUUUGCAAGAAUUGGAUCAAUUAAACAAUAUAUAAUUUUUGCUUACUGAGCAAAACUUGAAUGAAGCGAAUCAAGUGCGACGAACGUGUAAUUCAUUUAUGAUUUGUGCAUGAUUAUAAAUAAAUGAGAAAACAAUGAUGAUAAACUGGAAGCCACAAGGGUGCAUAUAAUUAAAUUCUGAUUUUCCUGGAGUGCCUUCGCAAUUGUUCGUGAAACCUAUACAGUCCGCUUACAGGGUACUACGUAAGUAAAGUGACGUGGUCGCCUCCUUGGCAUGGCGGUGUAA